AUGAAUUUAAGGCUAUCAAACUGUAGUUUGUUUCAAAAUAUUCUUGAUAAAACGAAUAAAUCGAAUUGUAUUUAUUCUACAAAGAGUUCUUACGAAGAAUAUCAUGACGAAAAAGUAAGAACAGGUUCUUUUUUUUAUACGCAAAAAUUUAGACGAUAUAUGUUACCUAUUAUGGGUAUACUGUAUAUAAUCAUAUUGAAUUUAUUAAAUCUUAAAGGGAUAUUAUCUACUGAGGUUCAACACAGUUAUACAUUUUCAAGGAAUUUGAGUGAUAAGCAAAAAGAAAAUGAAGAAUUUUAUAAAUAUUAUGAACAGCAAGGACUAAAAAUGUUAACAAAGAAUUAUGAGGGGUAUUUACGAAAUUUACUAAAAAAGAAAUUGAAUAGUGGUAAAAAUGAUGUAUUUAAUAAAUAUUCACAUAUAUUUGUCGAAUUAAUGAAAAAAGAUAUAUGGAAACAAUACGAAUUAUCUCCAUUCAAAUUAAACCAAAAAGGCAUAUAUUUAAAUAAAUAUGAUCCUGAAAUAAAUAAGAAUAUUAUUUUAUUUAAUAAGAGAAGGAGAAGCUGGGAUGAGUUUCAUUAUGUUUAUUCGCUUGUACUACAAAACGAGAGGCUUAAAUUUAAUUUUUUAAAUGAAUAUUUUAGUGAGCUUUAUGCUGAUUUAAGAGACAGUUACAAAACACCUUUAUAUUAUGCCAAGGAAACAUUUGAACAACUUAAAGAAUUUGUUGUUUUAGGAAACAAAUACGUUGAUAACAUUUAUAAUAACGUUUUUAAAAAAUGGCAAAAAAAACAUAAUGAUUUAAAUAUGGAUGAAUUUAACAUACUUCUUAUGACGUGUAGGUUAUUAUGGAGAAGAACCUUAACAAAAAUAAAAGAAGAUGGCAUAAAAUGUCUUGAAAAACCUUUUAAAGUUUUAGAUAAAGAAAGAUUAAAAUUUAAGUCCAAAGGUGGUAAUCCUUUGUUUUUUAAGGCUAAUGAAUUUUAUGAAAAGAAUCCAGAUUUAGUUACUUUCAAAAACGCCCAUUUCCUAAAUUCAUUAAAACGUGCAAAUACUGAAUUUGAUGAAGACUUGUAUGAUGAAGAAGAGGAAGAAAGAAAACUAAAAGAAAGGGAUCAAGAAUUGUUAAAAAAUAGCGAAAAGGAAAUCCGGGGGAAUGCAGGUGCAAACGAUGGUUCUGAAGAUAAUGAUGAUUCUGAAGAUAAUGAUGAUUAUGAAGAUUAUGAUGAUACUGAAGAUUAUGAUGAUUAUGAAGAAGAUUUAUAUCCAUGUCAACCGGAAUUAUAUAAUUCUUAUUAUUAUUAUGGAAAACCUUAUUUAUUAACCCCUGAAAUGUUGGAAUCCAUUGAAAAAUCAGUUGAAGAAAAAGUGGAAAAAGAAGUUGAAAGGAAAGCUGUGGAAUCAUUUGAAAAUAGAAUGCUAAAACAGUUUGUAGAUGAAAUAAGAGAUAAAAGAAUAAGAAAAGGUACCAUUUAA